CCGAAUGAGGUGGCGCUGUAGUUGCCUCUGGAGGUUUUGAGAAGCAUCGAGAAAAACAGUUAUAUAGAGGCCCAAACAUGGCUGGUCGACAGUUCUACGGAAACCCUUAUUCGAACACAAACUUCGACGAUCUGCCGCCCGGUUGGGAAGUAUUACACGAUAGAAAUACAGGUUGGCCAUACUUUAUUGACCAUAACACUAAAACCACGAGCUGGGAAGAUCCACGAAACAAAAUGAGACAGUGCGGCUUUGGAUUUCCAGAGCAGAAUUCUUUCUUCACCAGAGAAAUACCAGUAUUUCAUGAAAGUUCUAGACCUCAGAAAUGGACACACCAGGCUGGUCACCGAGUGGGGUCCCCUGGACGGGUGUCCCCAAAGCGAAUGCACUCCCCUGUGACUGUGGGGUCACCAAAGAGAGUUAGCCCCCCACCUGCCACACCCCCAAUGCAAAUGCCACAGCCUUUCCAAGGAGUAAGAGAAAUCCCUGUACAACACGUGUCUUCAAAAUCUCACAGUCAGCACCCUGAUCUCCAGGGCUAUACAUUCUACAAAGGGAAUCCUUCGGCCAGUCAAACUCCCUACCCCCAGCAAGGAUAUCCCCCGUCCUCCCAGAGUCAGGGGACACACCCAGCGACCUCUCAGGGGGGCUAUCCACAGCAACAGUUCCAACAGAAACCUAAACAGUCACAUCAGGUUCCAAUCUACCACCAACAGAGUGGGCCUCAGAUGCCACAGCCACCAUAUGAUGGCCCCCACCAGCAGAAUCAACAGUAUCCUGUCCCUCCACAGCAAUAUCAGCCACCCCAGCAGUAUCAAUCUCCACCCCAACCUCCGACAAAUCAGGUGCCCCCACCUCAACAACAGCAGUAUCAGGCGAAAACUCCUCCUCAGGUGAGGCGCCAAUUUAAGCCAACAGAAUCACAGAAACCACAAGAUGCCUCGGAGGUCCCUAAAGAACAGAGGAGUGAGAGUGUAGAGUCGGAGGUACACCCUGCUGCAUCCAGAGAAAGUGGGGAUCAAAUGGACAGAGCCCCAUCAGAAUCGAAAAUUCAUGAAGAAAACUUGAAAAAAAUUGGGAGAAUAGUGGAUGAGGCAGACCAUAUCAAAGGCCGAGUGAAUUCAUUUACAGGGAAAAAGUCUGACAAAGAGUACAAAUAUUUGGAAGAAAUGUUGAACAGAAGUAUUCUGAAAUUAGACGGCAUUGAAGCGGGUGAUAAUGAGGCCGUGAGACAGGCGCGGCGAUCAGGGGUCAAGGACAUUCAGUCGUUUCUCGAUCAGUUGGACCUUAAAGCUUUUGUUGAGGACCAACCAAAAGAGCAAGAACCCUCCAAAAUGGACUCCAGUGAAUCGAACCAAGAAUCGGGUCAGGAACCCAUGGAUGCUGAAUCAGAAAGAGGCUCUCAGGAACAGGGCACUGAGACAUCUUAACGGAGAUCUAAUUAACAGAGUGCAUGCUUAUUUAUAUCUAGUAGUGACAUUAAUUAGCUGUUUGUAUGGAUAGAUCUAUACUUGUGAAAGUGCUUUCAAACUUUUGUUGUUUAUUGUUGAAUAUGUUCAAAGAUGGGUGUUGAAUGAUUAUUUAUUUUAUAUUUUUUGCAUAUCUUCGAGAGCUGCUGAAACAAUAAAGUGGUGACGCAAUUUA